UACUAGCUAACAUCCAUGGCGAGUGCAGGCAAGGAGACUGCGGCGAUCCCCGGCGGCGCCGGCCGACGCGUCUUGAUGUUCCCCCUGCCGUUCCAGGGCCACAUCAACCCGAUGAUGCAGCUCGCCGACGUGCUGCACUCCCGGGGCUUCGGCAUCACCGUCUUUCACCUCGGCUUCAACGCCCCGGACCCCGCGGGCUACCGCUUUGUCCCCGUCGGCACGGGCGUGCCGUCCGGUGACCUCUUUCCCACCGGAAGUGACGCCGACUUCGCCGGGGCGCUGCAGCGCAUCAACGAGCGUCUGCAGGCGCCGUUCGAGGACAUCCUCCGCGAGGUGCUGGAGGAGGAGGAGAGACCGCCGGCGUGCCUGGUGGUCGACUCGAACUUCCGGGGGAUGCAGUUGGUCGCUGAGCGGCUGGGCGUGCCCACGCUGGUACUGCGAACCGGCGGCGCUGCCUGCCUCGUGGCGUACAUGGCCUUUCCGGCGCUCUGCGACAAAGGCGUCCUCCCUCCACAAGAUGAAUCGCAGCUGGACAUGCCAUUGGAUGAUCACCAACCACUCCGGCUGCGUGACAUGGUGUUCUCAGCCACCACUCCACAUGAGACGAUGUCCACAUGCCUACAACGCAUUGUAGAAUCAGCGAAGCAUUCUUCUGGUCUCAUCAUCAACACCUUCAGCGACCUAGAAGAUGCCAGCCUCCGAAAGAUCGCCGAUGGCGCGGGCGUCCAAGUGUACGCGAUCGGGCCGCUUCACAAGAUAUCUGGAGGUGCCCAAAGUAGCCUGCUGGCUCAGGAUCGAACUUGUUUGGAUUGGUUGGACAAGCAGGAGGCUGCGUCCGUUCUUUACGUGAGCUUUGGGAGCUUGGCAUCCAUGAAUGAGGAAGAGCUAGUGGAGACUGCAUGGGGAUUGGCAAACAGCGGCAUGCCGUUUCUUUGGGUGAUCAGGCCCAACCUGGUUCAAUGUUCAGAGAAGGUAGGUCUGCCUGAUGGCUUCCAGGAAUUGACACAUGGCAGGGGAAUGGUGGUGAGCUGGGCUCCACAGCAAGAGGUUCUUGGGCACCACGCAGUUGGGGGCUUUUGGACUCAUAACGGCUGGAACUCGACAUUGGAGAGCAUAUGCGAGGGUGUUCCGAUGAUCUGCAGACCCCAUUUUGCCGAUCAGAUGAUAAAUGCUAGGUAUGUACAAGAGGUGUGGAAGAUAGGGUUUGAGUUGGUGGGUAAGUUGGAGAGGGGGAAGAUCGAGAGCAGUGUUAGAAAAUUGUUGGGCCAAGAAGAAGGUGAAGAGAUGAGGCGAAGAGCAAGCGAUAUCAAGAACAAAGCAUCCUGGUGUAUUAAGAAAGGAGGCACUUCACUAGCUCAAAUUGAUAUGUUGGUGAAUCGCAUAAUGUCAUUUUAAGACUUUUUCCAUUGGGACAAUAUUCAUUUACUAUUUUCAGAUAGAUUCAUUAGCGAAACUUAUAAUCAUAGAUUUGUCUUUGCAUAUGAGUGAGCUCUAUAUAUCGCUUAAUUCAUUUUUU